UGCUUAUCUCGGUCCAAUCAUGUCCCAGCAAACGGCCCACUCACAAUCAGAAGCCGGUGGGGUGGCUGUGGGUGUGGGCUGGGGUGGAGGUCGUGCCAGACUUGUUCAAGUUGUAGGUGUCACGUUGCCGUUCAGUCAGACUCUCCUGUUGUAGCCGAGUGUCCUUCACUCGCGGUUUCCGGAAGCACUGUAUUAUUGAGGCUGAUUUGAAGGACACUCGGUGGCAUCACGGCGGUGCUUGUGUGUCUUUAACGCUCAGUGGGAAGAGGAGGAGAAAUGUAGGCUGCUGCCUUGGCUGUCCGUGUGUCUCCAGCAUCUGACCCACCUACUGUGCUCCCUCUGGACGAGGACGACAGAUAGUCGCUGGGAUGCCGAUGCUGUCACUAACACCCUUGUAUUUUAUAGUCAACCUGUGACAGCUUUUCUUUUUUCUUUGAGUACCGUUUGAAGAACUAUCUUUUUUUUUAAAUCAGCACAAAACAGUUAAGAAGUCACAUUUUGUGGUUGGAGGUGUUGCCAAGCGAUUCCUGCCAUCUACUGAAACCACAGGAAAUGGACCAAGACCAACCUCUCCAAAGCCAGAUGCCAAUAGACAACUCGAGUGAAGCAGCAGACACAGUACCAUCUCAAAGUACUGCUCCACAUCCUUCAGAUCCAACAUGUGAGCCCACCACCGGACCGCCCACCGCUACUGCCAGGCCCCGACGGCCCCAGAGAAGUGCCAGAGUUGAAGGUUCCGUCGACGUAUGCGAACCUAAAGCUGAACCCACACAAGGCGAUACGCAGGGCGAAUGUGAUCCUGAUGGCGCCGUGGCAAGUCGUGCAAAAGCCGCCCCCAGCCCACCUGUUAAGCUCUCAGGGGACCGGACCGGCCUCCACAUCAAAGCCGGUCCAAAAGGUCCGGGGCACCAUGCGGUCCGGGCUGCCUCGGUACCCCACACUACUUUAAGCAAGGCCGUGCCGCACCACCUGAACCCUCACGCCCAGAGAGCUCUGUCGGUCGCAGGCACGGCCGACACUCAGGCCCAAACUGUGGAAGACUUCAGGGUGCACAUCAUCACCUGGAAUGUGGGUUCGGCCACACCUCCCGAUGACAUCACCGCAUUACUGGGCUUGAAUAUAGGUGAUGGGAAUACAGACAUGUAUGUGAUUGGGCUGCAGGAAGUCAACUCUAUGAUAAACAAACGGCUGAAAGACGUCCUCUUCACGGACCAGUGGAGCGAGGUUUGCAUGGAGAGACUCAGCCCCUUUGGAUACGUGCUGGUGACCUCUCAGAGGAUGCAAGGCGUGUUGCUGCUGGUUUUUUCCAAGUACUACCAUCUGCCCUUCCUCCGUGGAGUCCAGACGGAGACCACCCGCACUGGCCUGGGGGGUUACUGGGGAAACAAAGGUGGAGUCAGCGCCCGCAUGUCAGUAUUCGGUCACACGAUCUGCUUCCUCAACUGCCACCUGCCGGCUCACAUGGAAAACUCGGAUCAGCGCAUGGAGGACUUUGAGAGCAUCCUGCAGCAGCAGCAGUUUGAGGGCCAGGCGGCCUCUGGUGUCCUUGACCACGAUGUGGUGUUCUGGCUUGGGGAUCUCAAUUUCCGCAUUGAUGACCUGGAAAUGCACAUGGUAAAAAUGGCUAUCGACAAUAACAAGCUCUCCGUGUUGUGGGAAAAAGAUCAGUUAAACCUGGCAAAGGACAGUGAGACGGUGUUGGAAGGUUUCCAAGAGGGGCCCCUCAAGUUCUCCCCCACUUACAAGUUUGAUGUUGGGACAAACGUAUAUGACACAAGUGGAAAGAAACGCAAACCAGCUUGGACCGACCGCAUCCUGUGGCGCCUGAGGGCCACUGUGCCUUCUGCCAACAGCGGCAAACGUGGUUCUGUUUCAGGGCUGACCAGCGGCACCAAAGUAACGCAGCACUGCUAUAGAAGUCACAUGGAAUACAUUGUCAGCGAUCACAAACCGGUCUCUUCCAUCUUUACCCUGCAGUUCCCUUACAAAGUGGAUGUUCCCUUGGUCACAAUCUUGGUGGAAGAUGAGUGGAAUAGUAUUGCUGAUGCCAUAGUCAAGUUCAAACUGGCACCCAGUUUUUCUCGCAGCUCCUGGGACUGGAUUGGAUUAUAUAAGGUGGGUUUCAAACACCACAAAGACUAUGUGGGAUACGUGUGGGCCAAACAGGAAGAAGCAGAUUUUCAUCGACAAGAACAUCAGGUAACCUUUACAGAAGAGGAACUGCCCAAAGGCUCUGGAGAUUUUAUCUUAGGUUACUAUAGCAACAACAUGAGCACCAUUGUGGGUGUAACGGAGCCAUUUCAGAUCCAGCUUCCCACAUCCGGCAAUGACAGCAGCUCUUCAGACAGCUCCGACUUCAGCUCUGAGGACGACAGCACUGUUGUUCUCACAAAGUCGAGGUCCCGCAGUUCUAGUCCCCACAAGGCCAAGCAUCACCGCCGUCGCAGCGGCAGCCACAGCCACAGCCGCCCUGAAAGUCCCUCGCACGAUGAAUCGAAGGAGCGCUCUUACAAAGCUCCAUCAGAGAGUGAGCCUGCAAAAUGCCCAGGAGAGGGCGACCAACUACCUGCUUCUGAGGAGAACAAACAGAGAGAGGAGACCGGAGUGUGAUGUUUAUAGCAGAAAAGCGAAAAAUAUAUGUGGUUAAUUUCAUAAUAACCAUACUCAAAGUUCCUGAUCAUAAAACUGUGCCGUUUGGGACGCAAUCUUUCUCAGUAACAAACAUCAAAUUCCUCAAAAGGGUUUGCUUUGCCUUGAGAUUUUAUUCCUAAAUAUUUCACUAUGUCCCGCAUUUCCUCAGUCUUGCUCCAUCCUUUGGUGUGGAAAAUACAACCAUGCAUGAUUGUAUUUUUUUUAAAGAAUAUUUUAAGGGCAUUUUCUCACCUUGUUGGGAAAUGAAUGCAUUCAGGUGCAGAUGCAUGAUGACCAUGCUGAGGAUGUGAUCUGGCUCAGGGUGCAUACAAUGUUUGUUUUUUUACCUCUUGAACACAGCAUGCAUACUGUCGCAUCAUCAAGUAUUAGGAGAAAGCCCCAUUCAUCACACAUGUCCAUCUUGAAUGAUUUUACACGGGUUGUAAUGAUGCAUUUUAAUUCAUUGGGAUUUUUUUCUGUUUCAUAGCAUAAAUCUCACCAAGCGGUCAUGACUGCCAGAUCACAUCUGCACUGAAUACAAAAAGCUAUCUUCCACCGUUCCCUUCGGAACUGCAGGACCACUGAACAUAUUGUCACUCUCUUAAAAAUAAUGGCCUAAGCCAUAUUUAAAAAAUAUAUACAACAAUACAAAUUAUUAUUAAAUAUAUAUGAUAAGUAUUUGGUUUAUUUUUUGUGUAAGGUGUAUGUUUUUAGAAAAACUGAGGGGGGAAAAAAAAAAAGACUUGGGUCAUUAUUUUCAGAAUGUGACAAUGUUUUUUUUUUAUUACAGUUUGUUUUUAUCCAUAGGAACAUGGUGACUUCGCAAUUCAUGACUCGGUGGGAGUAACAUCGCUAAUCUCAAAACUAAAAAUUCCAUGAUGAGCUUUUAGCAGGCCUCUCCAACAAGCCAUGUCAGCAGCAUUGCACGUCAGUGCAGUGAACGUGUGUGUUAAGGGCCUUUAAAUAGACCCCCGAAAGAGUGCAGUGAAAGGUGGUGUCCUGUGGGAGGAUCACUGUCAGCUGACACAGCACAGCUGUUCUGCCAGACCUCAUUUUUAAUGGCUGCAGGGCAGCCUAUAUUGUCAAGCAAAUUAUGACAACAGACAAAAUCAGAUCCCCCUACGUUUAAACAAAUUAGCAAAAAAAAAAAA